AACAGUAAAGGCAUUUUUCAAAUAACUUGAUCAGUUUUAAAAGAAAAAUGGAUCCCGAACGCAAUGUAAAACGUCUUCGAAAGCUUUUCGGAGUAUCACGAACGAUUUUAAAGCGUGCGGCUCGCCGACCUAGUAUUAGUGACCAAGAAAGUGAAGAACAACAACGCAAACGCUUUCAAAUGCUCCGAGAAAUGCGGCAGCAAAGAAUAUCUAGUCUCGGUGCUAAUCAACGAUAUGUGCUGGAGAUUUGUGCGGACAUGAUAGGCCUAGAUACCGAAGAGGUAGUAACAGGCAUAGUGGAUGAAAAUCUUUAUGUCGACAAUCUGAAUGGACUAUUUGAUGCGAAGGGACCAAUGGCUGUAAUGCUUAGCAACGCUGCUAUGAUAGGUUAUCCUGUGGACUCUGGACGCUAUCAAGAUAAACUGAGACAUACAGAGGUACAUCGAACAAUUUGUUUGUGCGCUGGAACAGUCAGAUUGAUUGGUAAGUGGAUGGUAGUAUACCGGCAACAAAAUGACAAGGCAAUAGAAAAUCGCUCGGUAAGCGAUGAAGUUGCUAUGUUUAUGAUUAAUGCAGAAGGACGUGAUUCGUGCUUAAAUGUCGUCAAGACUUUUGUGGAACAAGUACUUAAGCCAUCCAUUGAAGCAGUAACUGAUUUUGGCCUUGCGGAAAAGGAACAACUCCAAAAGUUUUUUCAUAUUCUGAAUAUGUACAAUACAUUCCUUAAAUCUUCCGAUGCAAUUGUAUCGUCCCGUGUGAAUUUCGACGUAUCUCAUGAUCUCUUUAAGGGAUUUUUGCUAGCUAGGUGGCAAAUAGAAGCCAGCUCGAAAAUUGUGAGCCGAGUGAGGCUAGUAGAACGAUAUUUUGAAAAAUGGCUGCGGCAGAUACAAGGAAUACUUGUGGAAGGAAAGCAGAUACAAAGGGACCCACCGGACGUAGGACCAUUACACAUGUUGGUCAACUGGCGACAAAUGUUAGCUAAGCUAACAUCAAUUACAGAAUUUGUUACAUCCCGUGCAUUUAAUAAUCAUAAAGAUUGCCUAACCUUAUCGCGGUCAUCGAAACUUCUUAAUCGCUGGGACAAAAUCGAUAACCAGGUUACUUUAGCCCUCAACGAAGCAAAAGAUAAUGUUCGUUUUAUUUCAUCAUUACAAAAGUUUUGGGAUCCGCUUUACCGUUCAUCACCAGAUGAAAUUAUUAGUAGCUUACCCGGGCUUAUGGUAGCGAUUCGUAAUGUGUGCAAAACAGCACAUUACUUUAACACUUCUGUUAAUUUGACAGGACUCAUGGUCAAAAUCUCAAAUCAGCUUACCAUUACUAGUAAAAAUUAUAUUACUGAUAAUGAACAUCAAAGCCUUUGGGAAAUAUCUUCAAAUGAAAUUAUUGAAAAAAUCGAAAAAUGUAGAGACGUUAUGGAUCACUUUAAAAAUAUAUAUAUAAACACCGUAGAGGAAAUGAAAAAUAGUAACGAAAGACCAUGGACUGUAUCUUCAGUUUAUAUAUUUACAUGUUUAGAAAAAUUCUUGCAUCGCCUAGAGAAGAUAAAGUGUAUUGCAAACACUGAAAUAAUAUAUUCAAUUUUGGAUCGGAUAUUAAUAAGUGGAAUGGAAAAAUUUAACACAAUGAUAAAAGCUGCUCGUAUUACUAUAAGUAGCAAAUUGUAUGAUCCCUUAAAUUAUCGAAUUGAAACUUUUGAUACAGAUUUUGAAAAAUUCGUAAAGGAAGUUGAGGUUGCAGAAGUUGGAAUGCAGCAGUUUGUAAAAUUGUUAACAACCGAAUGUCCAACAGCCGAGUCAAUGAUGCUGGUGCUUAAACGUUUUGAAGCUUUGCAUUUAGAGUGUUUAUGUCUAGAUCGUCGUUACUUUAAGGUUGCAGAAAUGUUAGAAAAGGAAAUGCUGUUACUCAAGGAUGUGUAUAAUGAGGAGCGAGGUAAUCCAUUCAUUCCACGAAAUUUGCCGCCGGUAGCUGGUCGCAUUGUCUGGAUUCGUUCGAUAUUUAAAAAAAUUGAUUUACCAAUGCAGGCGCUAAAGUUGCGACAUUGUGUACUCGCUCACAAAAAGGCACAACGUACAGUGCGCUAUUACAAUUACAUGAAUGGAAUUGUUUGUCAUUAUGAAAUGGCAUACCAUAAAGCUUGGUUUGAUUAUGUUGAAGAAGUGCGUUGUGCGCUUAAUGCACCGAUUUUAACAAUUAAUAAGGACGAGGCUCUUUAUGCUAUUAAUUUAGAUCGUUCUAUUUUACAACUUAUAUCUGAGACCGAGUGGAUGUGGAAGCUACACUUGGAAGUUCCUAACAUGGCCUCGACUGUGGCUUAUUGCAAGGAUCGAAUUUUUCAUCCAUUUAAUACAUUAAAGCUAACAUUGCAGCGAUUGGACAGGUUGCGCUCCUCACUUACUCCAGUUUUUAUAAAUAUUAUGCGCUUUCGCUUACAAGAAAUAUCCGUAAUGCUAAAGCCUUCGCUAUCUUCGGUGACAUGGAUAUCAAAAAAUUUGGAAGAUUACGUAGAAAAAGUUUGCCUGAAAAUACAAGAGGUAGAAAUAUUUAUCGGUUUGAUUUUAGAUAUAGAAGAACUCAGAAUUAUGCAAGAAAUCUAUAAUAUAUCUGAGUUCUUAUAUAUAUAUGUUCCUGAUGAGCCCGUUUCAUCCUAUCAAUUCGUUGAGGAGAGUAAUAAGCUGAGAGCUAAAAUUGAACGAGUACUUGAGAAAAAGUCUAUAUGUAUGGAGCGUGCUGUUAUCGAUAUUAUAAACAUGUUUAUCGAUUUGCUUGAUUUUGAACAAUCAGAUUCAAAGGGACGGCGCGUCUUCCAACUACCAGCCGAAAAAUUAAACGAUACUAAUUGGCGUACAGAGGGUUUUUUGCCAAUUGACAAAUGGGAUUUUAUCCAGUUUCAUAAAAUUUACCGAACAAUAUAUUUAGCCCCUGAUGAUGUACUGAAGACCUUACAAUUUCGAAAUUAUGAGAAUAUCAGAUAUGAACUUCAUCAUUUGCGUAACGACUGUAUGGAUCUGUUUUCCUACUACAAUUCCAAAAUUAUCCUAGCCUUGGUGGCAGGCUCUAAACGAUCCUUGGAUUUUGUUCGGCAAAAUAUACUCAGGACUAAUUGGCGGACAAAUCAAAUGAAACCUAUACUGUACACUGAGCUGGAAAUGGAUUUUAAUAGUGGUUGCUAUAUUAAGCCGAGCUUGGAUAUUAUGCAAAAUGAUUUUAAUAAUGCUGUUUUAUGUUGCACAGAGAUAAAUUAUUUUGUAUCUACUUGGGGCAAACAAGCAAAAACUCAGGAACGAAAGGAUAGACGUGUAACCGCUGAUGAAAAUAAAUAUGAGAGAAACUAUUUUCGAUAUGUGGUAGAGCAUAAGGAUAUAAUACGAGCUGUUCAGAACUUAGCAAAUGGAUUGCUUAGUUACAAAACUGACAUGGAGGAAUUUCAACGUGAAAUAUUUGAAAGAAAUAAAUAUCUUUGGGCCGAAGAUCGAGAAGAAAUUAUUAACACGUUUGUUUUGACUAAUCCCUUAACAGUUGAUAUACGUGAUAUGUUUUUAUACUACGAUGGUAUUACUCAGAGUAUUGAGACAAUGAGUCCAAAGCGAAUUAUUGGACCUAUAGAGGUCCGUAUGAAUAAUACAAUGCAAAAGCUAGUUUCAGAGUCAAAAAAGUGGAAAGUAAUGUUGGGUCAGCUUUUGAGUGUACAAUAUAAAAAACAAUUAGAUGAAAUGAUAGAUUUUAUUAAGGAGCACGACAAAAUUUUACAAAAACCUAUAAAUGACUUGGACGAUGUUCGUCAAGCAAUGGCAGUUCUGGAGAAAAUUCGAGACAAUUAUAUAGAAAUGGACCUAAGCCUACAGUUGAUUAUAGACACAUAUGCGCUGUUCUCUCAAUUUCACAUAUUUGUUCCACAAGAUGAUUGUGAUAAAGUUGAAGGACUUCAAGUUAUGUUUAACAAAAUGCUAGAAAACUCAAAGAAAGUGUCUGAUCGUAUAGCGGAUAUGGAGGAACCAUUACUCAGAGAGCUUAAUGAAGGUAUUGCAAUAUUUGUGCAAGAGUUUGAUGAGUUUAAUCGCAACUUUGAAGCAAAUGGUCCAAUGGUUGAAGGAAUAUCUGCCAAAGAAGCUAGUGAAAGAGUAUUUCUAUUUCAAAAUCGAUUCGACGAGCUGUGGCGUAAAUUUGAAAUGUACAGCAGUGGUGAAAAACUUUUUGGCUUACCUAUAACGGAAUAUCCCUUGCUGCAUCAACGUAAAAGAGAAUUCAAUUAUCUAAAUCGCCUAUAUUCAUUAUAUAUACAAGUCUUGAAGGCUAUUUCCGAUUAUUAUGAAAUGCCCUGGGCUGAAGUUGAUAUUGAAAAAAUUAGCGCUGAGCUGGCCGAUUUUCAAUUACGUUGUCGAAAGCUUCCAAAAGGUAUGCAAUCUUGGCCAGCCUACAUUGAUUUAAAGACCAAAAUAGACGAUUUUAAUGAGACAUGCCCAUUACUUGAGUUAAUGACAAACAAAGCAAUGAAGGAACGUCACUGGGUGCGAUUAAAUGCACUUUUCAAGACUAACUUUGACCCAACCGAUCCAAAGUUCACACUCGGAAAACUACUUGAUGCACCCAUUUUGAAAUAUAAAGAAGAUGUUGAAGAUAUCUGUGUCGGGGCUGGCAAAGAAUUAGAUAUAGAAGCAAAAUUAAAACAAAUAAUUGCUGAUUGGGCCCUGUUAAAUUUGCAAUUGGGACAGUUUAGAAAUCGAGGAGAACUUGUUCUUAAAGGCACUGAAACACUGUCACUUAUUGCCUCAAUAGAGGAUAGUUUAAUGAUAAUGAACUCGCUAAGCUCCAAUAGAUAUAAUGCUCCAUUUAAAAAGGAAAUACAACUGUGGCUUUGGAAACUUGUAAGCACUGGUGACAUUCUGGAAAAAUGGCUAAUGGUGCAAAAUCUAUGGAUAUACUUGGAGGCCGUUUUUGUGGGUGGUGAUAUAUCAAAGCAACUUCCUAUGGAAGCAAAACGUUUCGUAAAUAUUGACAAAAGCUAUGUUAAGAUAAUGAUGCGAGCACGAGAAAUACCAAAUGCAGUAGAGUGCUGCACUGGAGACGAAUCGUUAGCUACAAAUUUAAAUUGGUUAUUUGAUCAGCUGGAAACAUGUCAAAAAAGUUUAACAGGCUAUUUAGAAUCAAAACGUCUGUUAUUCCCACGAUUCUUUUUUGUGUCAGAUCCUGUUCUUUUAGAAAUAUUAGGUCAAGCGUCUGAUCCUACAUCAAUACAACCUCAUCUUUUAAGUAUAUUUGAUGCUAUUGCUACAGUUGAUUUCCAGGAAAAGGCAAGUGAUAUUAUUGAUGGCAUGAACUCGUCAAAUCACGAAAAGGUAAAAUUUGAAAAUACGGUACAGUGUGUAGGGAGCGUAGAGCUUUGGCUGGGCCGUUUGCUAAAAGAAAUGCAAGAUACUAUGAGAACAAUUCUUGCUGGAAUGGCAAUCAGUCUGAAUGAUCCGGAAUUUAAUUUUGCAGAGGAAUUUCCUUCAUUUUGUGGGCAGGCGGGUGUUGUAGGAGUACAGUUAUUAUGGACAAAGGAUUCGGAGUACGCUUUACGGAAAUGUCGAUCCGACAAGACUAUUAUGAAACGCACCAACAAUAAAUUUUUGGUGUUACUAAACUUUUUCAUCGACUUAACUGUAAGAGAUCUAACCUCACUUGAUCGGAUACGUUUUGAAACUAUGGUUACAAUUCAUGUACAUCAGCGCGAUAUUUUUGAUGAAUUGUGUACACAACGCAUUAAAUCGGCAGGUGACUUUGAGUGGCAGAAGCAAGCCCGAUUUUAUUUCAACGAAGACAACGAUGACGUUAUUGUGGGUAUUACGGAUGUAAAUUUUAUUUAUCAAAAUGAAUAUUUGGGGGUAACGGAACGUCUGGCCAUUACACCAUUGACUGAUCGUUGUUAUAUUACUCUUGCGCAGGCUGUAGGCAUGUGUAUGGGUGGGGCACCAGCGGGUCCCGCAGGGACAGGCAAAACCGAAACUACGAAAGAUAUGGGUCGUGCCUUAGGGAAAUUAGUUGUUGUUUUUAAUUGCUCUGAUCAGAUGGAUUUUCGUGGCCUGGGCCGAAUUUACAAAGGACUUGCGCAGUCUGGUUCAUGGGGAUGCUUUGACGAAUUCAACCGCAUUGAGUUACCUGUACUGUCAGUGGCGGCGCAACAAAUUUAUAUUGUUUUGACGGCGCGUAAGGAAAAACGUUCUUCGUUUAUAUUUCUUGAUGGUGAUGACGUCACACUUAAUCCCGAAUUUGGAAUAUUUAUUACUAUGAAUCCUGGUUAUGCUGGUCGCCAAGAACUACCUGAGAAUCUUAAGAUUAUGUUUCGAACGGUGGCUAUGAUGGUACCCGAUCGACAGAUCAUAAUUAGAGUUAAAAUGGCAAGUUGUGGUUUUAAAGAAAAUGUUCUACUUUCUCGAAAAAUGUUCACACUAUAUAAAUUAUGUGAGGAACAACUGUCGAAACAGGUGCAUUACGACUUUGGCCUGCGCAAUAUACUUUCGGUUUUAAGAACUCUAGGUUCGCAAAAGAGGUCCAACCCAACUGAUACAGAGGAGACAAUAGUAAUGCGUGUUUUACGUGAUAUGAAUGUUUCAAAACUUAUUGACGAAGACGAAGGUCUCUUCGUAUCGCUUGUUGAUGAUAUGUUUCCAGGAAUAAAGUUAACAACGAAUGUUUACAAGGAUCUACAAAGAGCUAUUGUUAAAGUUUGUGACGAAUCGGGUUAUGUUAAUAAUCCAGAGUGGAAUUUGAAGGUUGUUCAACUUUAUGAAACGUCCCUUGUGCGUCAUGGACUUAUGCUCAUGGGCCCAACAGGGUCAGGAAAAACUAGCUGCACACUCUGCAUGCUUCGUUGCUUUACAAAAAUGGGCCGAGCACAUAAAGAAAUGAGAAUGAACCCCAAGGCUAUUACAGCUCCACAAAUGUUUGGACGAUUGGAUGUAGCGACUAAUGACUGGACAGAUGGAAUCUUUUCCACAUUAUGGCGACGUUCAUUAAAAAUUCCGCAUCAUCAAAACUGUUGGAUUGUGCUAGAUGGUCCAGUUGAUGCCGUGUGGAUAGAAAAUUUGAAUUCAGUGCUGGAUGAUAACAAGACACUAACUUUAGCGAAUGGAGACCGCAUAAAAAUGGCUGAUAAUUCUAAACUAGUAUUUGAACCAGAUAACGUUGACAACGCAUCACCAGCAACCGUCAGUCGUGUUGGCAUGGUGUUUACAAGUUCUUCGGUUUUAAGUUGGAAAGUCUAUAUGGAGGCGUGGUUAAUGACUCAUAAUGAUGAUCAAGAAAUUUAUAGACGAUGCUAUGAUGCAAUAUAUGAUGAUGCGCAUACCUUCUUGCAGACUAGGCUUGUAGCCAAAAUGCGCAUACUAGAAGCUAUUUAUAUUCGCCAAAUGUUAGACAUUAUGGAUGGUCUUUUGAUUGAAAUAUCUUCCCGCAGUGAAAAAGCUCUUGAACGCAUGUUUUUAUUUGCAAUGAUGUGGUCGCUUGGAGCAGUUUUAGAACUAUCUGAACGUGAAAAGUUUGAAGAAUUUCUUCUAAAACAUCCUUCAAAAUUACUUUGGCCAAAACGGGGCUUGACAGAAACAAUUUUUGAAUACUAUGUAGAUGACAACGGAAGUUGGCAACAUUGGAACUCGCGUGUUGAUGCAUUUAAUUUUCCAGACGAUGAGAUUCCAGAAUUCGCUUCAAUUUUAGUACCCAACGUAGACAAUGUACGCACAGCUUUUCUCAUACAUAACAGUUCAAUGCAACUCAAACAAGUACUGCUUAUUGGAGAACAGGGAACCGCCAAAACUGUAAUGAUAACUGCUUAUAUGGGCCGUUACGACCCCGAGGAGCAUCUAUCCAAAUCGAUUAAUUUUUCGUCUGCAACUUCACCAAAUAUGUUCCAAGUAAGUAUCAUUGUGACAGUAAACUUACAUGAUAAUAUAUUCUCGAUUGUAAUGGGUCCUAAAUUUAGUAUUAAAAUAUCGUGGAUGAGGAUUAAUUAAAUGCAUUUUGAAUUA